ACUAGGCGAACCAACUCUCUUGUUUUCCUCAGACUGGCACUGCACACUCAACACUGCACACUGCUAGACUGCACUGAUUUGCCUGCCUGCCAGCACUUCCCCAACGCUGAAUGCUGCUGUUGUUGUAAACAAAAACAGGAGUGUCAUGAGACGAGGCUUUAAUAAUACACAAUAGACCUACUCACAGUGACCAGAUUUUGAUCUUGAUCUCCGUAUUUUUUUCUCUCUUCCUUCGCCUUUUGUCAUGGACGGAGGUGGGGAUCUCGGUUCUCAUACUCAUGUGUCCAAGUCGGCUUCAGGCCCAGGGUCUCUGUUGUCUAAACCUCCAAAAUUUUUAUCAAUCCUGACAGAUGAGUGGAGUGAACUUCGCGAAUCGGAUCGGCUGGGCAGAUGCCGAAGUGUUACAGAAUUUGAAAAACUUAACCGAGUCGGUGAAGGAACGUAUGGCAUUGUGUAUCGGGCAAGAGACAUGGAGACGAACAGAAUGGUAGCUUUGAAAAAGAUGCGCCUGGAAACUCAGAAAAACGGAAUUCCUGUCACUGGGCUUCGUGAGAUCAACAUACUUUUGAAUCUUCACCAUGAAAACAUUGUGGACAUGAUGGAAGUAGUUGUGGGAAAGAGCCUUGAAAGUAUUUUCCUUGUGAUGGAGUAUUGUGAACAAGACUUGGCCUCCCUUCUAGACAACAUGGCAGCUCCCUUCUCAGAACCCCAGGUGAAGUGCAUCAUGUUACAAGUGUGCUCUGGUCUGCAGUAUUUACAUGAGAAUUUCAUCAUCCACAGAGAUCUGAAAGUGUCCAAUCUCCUCAUGACAGAUAAGGGCUGUGUCAAAAUUGCUGACUUUGGUCUGGCAAGAAAGUAUGAACUACCCCUGCGCCCCAUGACACCGACUGUGGUGACUCUGUGGUACCGAGCUCCAGAGCUUUUGUUUGGUUCUAAAACUCACACGACUGCUAUUGACAUCUGGUCAGCUGGUUGCAUCCUUGGAGAACUGUUAGCUCAUCGACCACUUUUGCCAGGGCGCUCUGAACUCCACCAGAUUGACCUCAUUCUGGAUCUCCUUGGCACCCCCAAUGAUGCAAUAUGGCCAGGGUUCUCGGAACUGCCAGCUCUUCAAAAUUUUUCUUUGAAAAAGCAACCCUACAACAACCUUCGGGACACAUUUCCUUGGCUGACCGAAGCAGGCAUCCGUCUCCUCAACGUCAUGUUCAUGUAUGAUCCCAGUAAAAGGGCAAGUGCUGAGGACUGUGCCGAGAGUUCAUAUUUCAAGGAACAACCUCGACCGUGUGACCCUGAGUUUAUGCCCUCCUUCCCCCAACAUCGUUUGAAAAGGAAACAAGCCAAAGUGGCCGAGAAAAGUGACAAAAGGAAAUCCCUUGAUGAUCCCUUUAAGUCGUUUGGAGAUGCUGUGCCUGGCCAACCAUUGUUAAAACGAGGAAAGUUGGAUUCCAGCUAGAGCUUGAUUUUUUCAUUUUGUUUGUAUAAAGUGUAUAUUUAUGAUUUCUAUGUCGUCAUGGUGAGUUGAAGUUAAAAUGUGCUUUUUCAUGUUCUCUUUGUUGAUUGGAAGAACUUGGAAAAUGUGAGAAAGAAUAAAUUGGAUACAUGGAAUAUACUUGUA